AUGGAGGAUCAAGUAAAAACAUCCUAUUGUAGGAUUAUGAAAAAACAACACAUUAAGUUUGGAUUCAGUGAAACUGGCUUGGUUCUAAGCCCUGAUCAUGGAUGGGUAGGAGCAAGUCCAGAUGGAAUAAGAGAGUGCCAUUGUUGUGAAGAUACACUUGUUGAAUUUAAGUGUCCUUACACAGGUAGAGAUAUGGAUCCUAAAUCUGCAUUUUCGUUGGAUACUGUUGGUGGGGCAAUUAAUGAAGCCGGUUUUCCAUAUAUUCGCAAGAACCACAUUCACUACUUCCAAGUGCAGACUGGAAUGGCAGUGUGUUGCCUGAAGCAGUGUGACUUU